GAGGACCUGGACACUAAACUUUUGUCAUAGUACAUUGCGCAUGUAACAUGUAAAAGAGCGGUCACUGAGUGAUACAGUGCACAGUAUUUGUAGUUCUCAGCUAAGUUUACUAAAAAUCUAUCGGAAGAAAUGGCUACCGGAUACCAGGGAACUGAACCCUCGUCGAAGUUUUGUGAAAUAAUUCGCAUAGGAAGGCGGCAAAACGGACGACGCGUUGAGCCCCCUGUUGUCACUAUAUAUUACAAAUAUAAGUCAGGAAGGGAAGGAGGUAAAGUUGAACAUCUAUUCUCGAAAUAUUUCACCAUCUAACGUCGCGCACUUUAAGUGUAUCCUUUACACACUUACUUGCCUGGUACUUUAUUAGAAUUCGAAGUCCAAGGAGGGGUGCUGUUCGAAGAGGGAAGAAAUGGGCGACAACGCAGACUUAUGAUUGUUACGGCGAACGGACAAAAGCUUGGUAUUGCUCGUAAUCCUGGUGGAGGUUCGUGACUUUGAAUUCAUUUUUCGCCAAUUAUGAGUAUAAAUAUGGGUUCCUACAAUAACUCAAACUAAAUGCUCUCUACGAUUUCUUUCAAGAAUAUGGAUUCACCGGUAACUACGAAAAUUCAUUUUGGGGCGUAAAAGAACGUGUGGAUUUUUAGAGACAAGGUAAAAUAUCUUCUAUGUAAUAUCAAUCGCAAAGAAUUAAGAAAAAAUACUGGCUAAUAGUUGGACAGAGAUAAGUCCUCGUUCAGCAACAAUAAAUGUAUGAUCAGUGAAACUUAGUUUAAGCUUGAUUCCACGCUGAUUGUGCACACCUAAAAGACACAAAACUGUUGACAUGAUAACUCUUACAUAAAAACACCUAUCAUCACAGCUUAGAGUCGGUUUAAACUGUCUUAUCAACAGAUUUCAAGACAGAAACAGUUUGGUCACCAAGUUUUUGACGAAGCAAAAGUAAAAGGGAG